CAGCGCACGGAUGUCAGCCGUUCACUCAGAGAGACACACAGACAGAGAGAGAGAGAGAGAGAGCACAGCCAGGCAGCGUCAGCAAGAAAGCCGACAUUGCUAUGGGUAGACGUCGACACAGAUGGAUGUGAGUAUGUCCAUUAUAUAUCUAUGUGAGUCAGUGUAUAUGCACACGUCUGUGUACACCGAUACAGAGGUGUGUACAGAAGACAUACAAAUGGGUACAGACAUGCAGACAGAGAGAGAGAUGGAUGGAGGAGGCGACGUGAGGCAAGGCAGCAGACAAUACGGACCAAGCGCACAUCACAUGCAUCGGAUCCCGCCUGCAGCCAGCUGUCCCUCCACCAUUCACCACAUGUCAUGUGUCCGCACAGCAUCAGUAGGCAGGAUUGAUCGGAGCACAUCGCUCCAGUAUGGAUGCAUUGCGUGUACAUGAAAGCAUUCAUUCACGAAGAACGCCUCGGCGAUCGAGUGGCAUUCGUGAAGUCACACACAAUCAUGAUGAAUUCAGGACGACACUCAGACAGUGAGAGAGGAAGGCAAGCCGCCUCCCCACCAGCAACCAGCCACACACAUCAAUCGCCGAGGACCAACAAGCAGAGAGAAACGACUGACUGCAUGGGAGCAGCCUGUCUGUCUGUCUGUCUGUCUGGUGUGGUGACAUGUGCGUGGGUGUGUGGGUGGGCAACGAGUGUGAGAUGAAAUACACACCGCACCGCCACAGUCUAUGUGUAUACGUAUGUGUGCAUCCCAUGCAGCAACGAAUUCGUCACGGAGGGGUGGCUGGACACAUAAAGUUCAUCGUGCAUCCAUCGGUCGGCCGGCCUGUCUGUCUGUCUGUCUGUCUGCUUUUGAGCAAAUGCCAGUCCGCACGCCCCCCCGUGACGUACACACACCCAUCCAUCCAUCGCGAGGCAGCCUAGCCCACAGACGCCGAUGCAGAUGCAGACGCCGCCGCGGCCUCGCCACCUGCUGAGAUUGCAUCAAUCAGGUGGCACAAACAGGCAGACACACGUGACGUGCCCCCCUUCUUUUGCUGCGUACCUCUGCUGCCCUCUCCGCUGCUGCCGUCAUCAUCAGAGUCCUCCCAGUCGUCCUCCAUAUCGUCAUCAUCGCCAUCGAAAUCUGCAUUACACACACGGACGAUAGAGAAGGGGUCAUGCAUCCAUCCAUUCAUCUGUGUCUGCUUCCGUACCGUCGUUAUCGUCCAGAUCGUCGCUAUCGGAAUCUGCACCGCACGCCAACAGCAGUGAAGACAAUCCAUCCAUCCAUCCAUGGGCGUCCCUUCUCGUGUGUCCUGUGUCCGUACCUUCGUCACUGUCGUCCUCCGGCUGCUGUCCCGGUUUCGGUGCGCCGUCAAACAGGAUGGCUGAGAUGAUGUCACCCAGCACCACACGCGCCAGCUGAGUGGUCUGCGGGAAGCGGUCCUUGAAGGCGCUACCCACACCAGACACAGCCGACUCAGUCGUAAUGACCCACACACGCACUGCAAACGAAUGACAGCAGAGGACAGAGAUGAGAGUGGCACUGCAUUCCCUCCCCCCUUGCUGUGCCGUGCUGGGCUGACCAAUGUUGGCGACAUCCGUGACGGCAAUCCACGCGACGAACGAUUGGCAGGCGUCGGUCAGCACAAGAGAACGACGGAGGCCGACAUAGGGGAGGUACGAUGUUGUUGUGGUGCAUCCCUCACUGGUGUGUGGGGGGACUGUGUCACGAUGGUGUGCAGCCGGUGGUUGUCAACAUGCCUGACACACACAAUACAUAACGUACACUCGUGUGUCGUGACAGUGCCCACACAGAGUGAUGCCCCGUCUGACCUGUCGAUGAAACUUGUAGUGUAGUUGAUCUGGUGAGUGCCCUCGAAGUGGCCGAGGACGAUGCUCUUGACGAACGACGACAU